AUGGACGCAGGCAGUCUCGCUCAGAUGACUUCCAACAACUUUGUUUCUCCCGGGGGCCUGGCCUCUCGCCGUGGCAGCCAGAACAUCAAGCCGCUGUCUUUUGAUGCUAUCAAGCAAGGCAAUAAGAACCCUGACGGCGGCGUUCCCACUCCCCGCACCAGCCGAUCCCAUCUGCUUGCGGGCCUGAGAACGGCCCCCAAGUCUGCUACGGCGGCUUCCUUUGGUCCCAUGUCACCCACGGCAGAAGGUCCUGUGCAGCAAUAUGCUCGAAACAGCAUGGCCGCCAAUGCCUAUGGCUAUGUUCAGGGCAAUGCUUACAAUGCUCCCAAGACGGCUUUCCCCCAGUACGGCCAGCAGCAGCAGGCUUACCAGAGUAUGAUGGGACAGCAGUACACUGUUGAUCAGGUGCUCGCCCCCCCUCAGCUCUCCAUGGAUGAACAGCUCCAGGAGCAGAUGGAUCCCAACCUGUAUGCCCAGCUCGUGGCUACCAACCUCUAUCUGGCUCAGCAGCAGCAGAGGCUCCAGCAGCAGCUCAGGAGCGUCCAAGCCGCGGCCCAUCAAUUCCAGCAGCUCAAUAUCAACAACAGCCAGCUCGCUCAGCAGCAGGCCGCCUUUUACGAGCAGCAGCAACACCUCGCCGCUCAGGCUGCAGCCGCCCAAGGGCAGCAAGUCUAUUACGAUCCUGCCAGUGGCCAGUACUACGUCGACACCUCUGCUGCCAAGGUGGUUUCCUCGGUCAAUAUCGAGCAGCCCAUGUCCCCCGGCUUCAACAACUUCCAACAGCAGCUGCAGCAACAACAGCAGCGCCAGCAACUGCAACAGCAGCAGCAACAGGCCCCUCGCGUUCAAGUGUCGCCGCCCCCUGAGCUCCAGCAAGCCUCGUUCCGCGGCCCCUCGCCCCCGCGACGCUUUGAUUCUCCCACCGAGGUCACUCCUCUCCCUCCGCCAUCUGCUAACGCCUUCCGACGCGGACAUAAGAAGUCGUCUUCCCUGGCCGUUAACAGCGUGCUGGCUGCCGCCGCGGCUGUAGGCGAUUCCGGCAAGACCCCCGCGCCCAAGACUGCCGUCUUUCCUGCGACCCCAGGUCUUGGUGGAUAUGGCCCUGGCCAAGCCCGCGCCGGUGAGCACCCGGUUCGGCAGCCUCGCGGACCCCCCUCUAUGGAUGAGCUCAAGGCGAAGCCGACUGCCAGACACGAGGGCAGCAAGAACUUUGCCACCCGCACCCGACGAUCGGCCGUGCACAACCUCGUUCGUGCUGGUCUGGAGCGCCGCAAGGGAUCUGGCAGCUCUAGUGGCAGCAUGAGCCCCGUGUCUGAGACCGCCGAAGAGUCCACCACCCCCAUUACCGACAACGACUCCGACUCUGGCCGUAGCGGCUCGGGCAGCUUGGCUGGUGAGAUUGAGUGCAGCGCUCCGCGAGCCUCUACUGCUGGCGGUUGGGGCGCCAUCGGCUCAGACCGACCCGGCUCGCGACAAAAGAUCCGUGGCAGCGUUGACAGCAACUCUGGCUGCGAGAGCGACAGCAACUCAUUCGCUGACGUUUUCAAGAACGGUGCUCUGCGAGCAUCCAAGGCACAGGAGGCUGCAGAUGGCCAGCGCAAGGCACCCAGGCUGGUUCUGACCAGCGUUGAGAAGCGUAAGAUGGCUUCUGUGGCAUAAGCGCUCAAGUCGUGUGUUUUUAUAUUUUUACUCUUCUUCUGCCCUUACUAUUCUAAUUCUUAUGACUUGACGCUCCCGGACUUUUUUUUGAUACGACCUUUCGAGGACCUGCGGAUUGCAUUUCAUCGACAUGAUCUCGACAGCUCUUCGCUUCUCCUCAUUUUUUACUACCAGCCAGGCUCGCACGAGGAAUGCGUACUUCAUGUGCGCGAGGCGAGGCCGUGGCCAUGGCCAUACUCUUAUCAAUGAUUAUUUAUAAUUCACUUCUUGACUUCUACGGGGUUUGAAUGACGACGAUGGAGGAGCUCUAGGGUGGGGAUAUAAGUAGGUAGUGAUAGUUUACAGAUAGUGGCGCGCAA